AUGCCCCUCUCUCCCCCCUCCUCUCUGGUUCCCCACUCUAAACAGGACUGGUUGUUCCUCACUCGCUUCUGUUUUCUCACUGAUUUUGGACGUCUGGACUUCCGGUUCCGCUACCAAAAGUCGCGAUGCUGUCAGAAUAUAUUGCUCUACUUUGAUGACAGCUCUCAGUGGCCAGCUGUGUACAAGAAGCCAGACAAGGACUGCUACCAGAAGGAGGCAGUGUUGAGGCCAGAGAAUAACCAGGUUAUCAACCUGACCACGCGCUACACCUGGUCUGGCUGUGUGGUGGAAGGAGAGGGAGAUGAGGAGGUGCUGAGUUGUGUGGGAGGUCGUAGUUUCCGCUCGGUGAGGGAGAGAUGGUGGUACAUCGCUCUCAGCAAGUGUGGGGGGGAAGGUUUGCAGCUGGAGUACGAGAUGAAGCUGACCAAUGGCCAGUCUUUCUGGACACAGCAUUUCUCUGCAGACGAGUUUGGGAUCCUGGAAACUGACAUCACGUUCCUGGUUAUCUUCUCCCUGGUCUUCAUCCUCUCAUGUUAUUUUGCCUAUAAUCUGAAAGGAAGGCAGCUUCUCCAUACGACAUAUAAGAUGUUUAUGACUGCGGCUGGUGUAGAGGUUGUCAGCCUUCUGUUCCACUGUAUCUACUGGGGCCUGUAUGCCAGAGAUGGAGUGGGCAACGGCAGUCUCAAGAUAAUGGGGAAAUUCCUGUUCUCUGUCAGUUUCCUGGUGUUCCUGCUGAUGCUGAUCCUGCUGGGGAAAGGCUUCACUGUCACCAGGGCGAGGAUCAGCCACAGUGGCUCUGUCAAGCUGUCCAUCUACAUGACAGUCUACACCGUCACCUAUAUCAUCCUCUUCAUAUACGAGGCAGAGUUCUUUGACCCAGGUGAAGUGCUGUAUGCAUAUGACAGCCCGGCGGGCUACGGUCUGAUGGGUCUCCAGCUGCUGGCCUACGUGUGGUUCUGCUACGCCGUCCUGAUCUCCCUCAAACACUACCCUGAGAAACAAUCCUUCUACAUCCCCUUCUUCACGGCAUACACACUCUGGUUUUUCGCGGUGCCCGUCAUGGCUCUGAUAGCUAACUUUGGCAUCCCUCGCUGGGCACGGGAGAAGAUCGUCAAUGGCAUCCAACUGGGCAUCCACCUCUAUGCUCACAUUGUAUUCCUCGCUAUCACGCGGCCCUCUGCGGCCAAUAAGAACUUCCCGUACCACGUGCGGACCUCUCAGAUCGGGAUCCUGCUGUCUAGUCCGAAGGCGGGUGUGGCGAGUGAGAGUUUCCCCCACCACGCCUAUGGGAACAGCUCCUUCCUGGGCGACUCCCAGCCCAACUUCACAGAACUGUUCUCCAUCCAGUCGGGCCCAGUGAAGACGGUGGAGGAGACGGUGGCCCGGAAGGGACAGGAAGUGCAGAGGAACAGUGAGCAUAAGAUCAUCACCACCACGGCCGACCUGUCGUCACCCACCUUCCCCCCACUCCCUCCCCCCAUGCCCCCCCGCCUCUCUGCCCACUCCCCCCCUCCCCCUCCACGACUCCCCUCCCACUUUACUGAGUACUUCAGCAUGCAGGGGGGAGGGGGCGUGGGCACCAAGGCAUGAGACAGACAGAGAGAAAGAGGGACACAGAGAGAAGGAGAAAGAUUGAAAGGGAGGUGGAGGAAGAUCAGGUAGCACAGAAAACAGGUCAAGCUAUGUAUAGCCACGAGGGAAGGAGGGAUGGAUAUAAGGAGGAAGAGAAGGGGGAGUCAUAAGCAGACAUGUGGAAUAGAAGUUUGAAACGGCCCAUUUUCACCUCUAAAUAGAGAGAAUGGGAAGAGAGCUGAAUAAAGAAGAGGAAAUGGCUGUGAGUUAAAGUGCUGAGCUUGUAAAAUAAAAAAAUAAGCAAUAAAUAUUUGAACAUGAGCAGGGAGAGAGGCACCGGGAGGGAGAGAUGACAGAGUGGAUGUAGCCUGACCAAUAGAAUGAUAGGAGCGCACAGUGGAGACUGAACAAAACUCCUAUGAACACUUUUAUUCAAGAAUUUAUAAGGCAUCAAUGGAGGGGCUGAGGGAAACGUGUAAAUAGCUGAAGAGAAUGAGUUACCAUUACUCUAAAAUAGUUGCAGAGUUUAUAUUACAAAAGGGAUGUUUUUUUCCCACAUUGUCAAAUUCCAAGUGGUGCUGUGACCAUUGCAGUUCUCAUGCCAUUACAUUGUACAAGAGUAAAAUGUUCACUCACAUCCUGAAACAAUACAUUCAUGUUUUUUUCUUCAUGUUUGACAGAUGAUGUUAACACAAAAUAUUGAAUUUCUCCAUAUAGAAUAUGUUGGGAUGAUUUAUAUUCCUAUAUAUGUUGAUUGCUCCAGGCUAUAUGAUUGAUAUACUGAUGUUUAAGUGUACAAUGUUAGGUUUACUGUGGACCCGAGGUACUGCUAAAACAAGCAUGUACUCCCUGUCUCUAAACGGAUUAUACUCCAUGUGCUCAUACAGUGCGCGUGCCUGUUGUACUACUAUACAAUAACUGUAUAUAUUUCAUACCAUAUAGGCUACUGAGGAGGUGUUAAUGUCACUUCUUCUGGAUUUCUAUUGGAACCUUAUGUCAUACUGUCCACAGACAACUGUU